AUGGACAAAAUAGCAGAGAGAUGCAUCGAAUCUACAAAUAUCUCGCCUCACUGGCUACCUAAUGGUAAUUCAUUCUGGUAUAAGCAAAGCCCCGAGGCAGAUAAACACCAGUUCUUCUAUGUCGACGCUCUCCAAAAAACUCGCGAGUUGGCGUUUGAUCAUAAAAACCUUGCUGAGGCUCUACAAGACAAAACAAACGAGAAAGUUGAUGCACUUUGUCUACCUCUUUCUUGGAUUGAGCCAGUACCAGAGGAAUCAUGCAUUCGCUUCCGCUUCGACAAACGCAAAUGGCAAUUCGGACCCGAGAACAAACUACAAGAGUGGGAUGGCAUAUUCUCGACCGAGCCAGACCAUAUGUUGGAAAAAGAAGUGCCUUCUUCGCAUAACCACUCGCAAGUCACAGUUGAUUUCGUGAACCGCACAGGAAAAACACUGAGAGUGUUUUGGAUUGACUGGAACGCAAAGCCGGUAUUCUACAGGAAUAUCCACAAUGGCGAGACGAAGCGACAACUUACGUACGUGGGCCAUGUUUGGCGACUGGUAGAUGCUUCGGAUGAGAAGUUCAGGGCAGUUUAUGCCGCACCUGAUGAGGGGAGCCAUGUCGCCAUCAUCGAGUAUCUCAGUGAUUCGAUCCUUGAAGCAUCUCCACCGAGCGAUGAUGAAGAUUUCGAUGAUACUAAGAAGUCUACUGAGCCAGAAGCUGGUACUCUUUACGUCAAAGACUUCAACCUAUGGUACAAGGAUGAAGAUGGCCAAGUGGCUCAAGUAUCUGAGAAUGGAACCAAAGAGAAUCCUUUUCAUAAGAACCACCUGUACAAAUCACCAGACAACCAAUACGCGGUUGCAUGGCAGUACAGUCCAGAGCAAGACCACAACAUCAACCUUAUCGAAUCAUCUCCCAAGGACCAACUUGAGCCGAAGCUACAUACCAAGGCAUACCACAAGCCAGGUGAUCGUGUUAGAAUCGAUAGGCCUCGUCUCUUUGAUCUUAAGAGCCACAGCGAAAUCAUGACGGACAACGCCCUUUUCGAGAAUCCCUACCGAUUGAAUAGUCUAGGUUGGAAUAAGGACAGUCAGGAGUAUCUCUUGUACUUCAACGAGCGUGGCCAUCAGCAUGUCAGAGUGAUCGGCAUGAGCACCAGCGGACAUGUAAGAGCACUCGUUGAAGAGAAGAGCACCACUUUUGUCGACUAUACAAAGGUGUACUACAAAGUCCUCAAAGAAACGAACGAGCUUCUCUGGUUAAGUGAGAGAGACGAAUACAACCACCUUUAUCUCAUCGACCUGGUCACUGGCACGGUAAAGACCCAGAUUACAAAGGGAUCGUGGAUGGUUAACUUUAUAGAAUCUGUCGAUGAAGAGCGUCGCCAAAUUUGGCUUCAAGGUUACGGACUGAAGGAUUGCGAAGAUCCGUAUCAAGCACACCUUGUCCGCGUCAAUUUUGAUGGCUCGGACUUCAAGAUUCUUACAGAUGGAGAUGGGACUCAUUCCUGGGCCUUUUCCUCAGACAAGCGAUACUUGAAAGACACCUGGUCGAGGGUUGACUCGCCUCCUACAACGGUUCUUCGUGAUGGCGAGUCUGGGGAAGAGAUAAUGGAACUAGAGAAAGGGGACCUGAAAGAGCUGGAAGAUAAGGGGUGGUCUUCUCCGGAGAGAUUCGUCGCUCCUGGUCGUGACGGUGAGACGCUAAUAUACGGAAUCAUCAUUCGGCCAGCCAAUUUUGACAACACCAAAGAGUAUCCCGUUCUUGACAGUAUUUACGCUGGGCCGCACAACUUCUCUGUCUCCAAAGCCUUCUCAGCUCUUUUACGUCAGCGGCAGUGGGCAGACGAAGGCUACGUUGUAGUCCAGGUCGAUGGAAUGGGCACAAACUGGCGUGGCAAACACUUCCACGAUGUCUGCUACAAGAACCUGCACGACUCGGGUCUCCCAGACCACAUUGCUUGGCUGAAGACCGCAGCAUCUACUCGACCCUGGCUGGACCUCUCCCGCGUAGGAAUCAUGGGGGGAUCAGCAGGCGGCCAGAACGCCGUGGCUGGCAUGCUUCACCACAGCGAGUUCUUCAAAGCUGCCGUAGCAGACUCAGGCUGCCACGACAAUCGCAUGGAUAAGCUAUGGUGGAACGAGUUGUGGAUGGGCUAUCCAGUGGAUGAAGCGUACGAGAAGGCGUCCAACAUAACACAUGCUGCGAAGCUUAAGGGACCGCUGAUGCUGAUCGUUGGAGACCUUGAUGAUAACGUUGACCCUUCCUCGACGUUUCAGUUGGUGAAUGCUUUGAAUAAGGAGAGAAAGAACUAUGAGUUUCUGUUUAUUCCUGGGGGUGAACAUUGCUGUGGUGGAGGUGAAUACGGUCUUGCUCGUCAACGGGAGUUUUUCAAGCGUCAUUUGCAGGAGAAGGUGAGGUUUAAAGUUGAUUUGCAUAACGGAGAAGGUAAUUGA